GGUGGUUGUCCUCUCCGCAAUGGGGAAAACCACCAACAAUCUCCUUCUUGCGGGAGACAAGGCCGUUAGCUGUGGUGUUUCUCUUGCAUCUGAGAUCGAGGAGUUGCGGAUUAUCAAGGAACUGCAUCUCAGGACAGUGAAAGAACUCGGGGUUGACCCGUCUGUUGUUUCUUCCUUUCUAGAAGAUUUGGAGCAACUCCUGAAAGGCAUAGCCAUGAUGAAAGAGCUGACUCUUCGAACCAGAGAUUACUUGGUCUCUUUUGGAGAGUGCAUGUCUUCGAGGAUUUUUUCGGCUUAUCUAAAUAAAAUCGGCGCCAAGGCUCGUCAAUAUGAUGCUUUUGAUGUCGGUUUCAUAACAACGGAUGAUUUCACGAAUGCCGACAUCUUGGAAGCAACUUACCCAGCUGUUGCCAAGAGACUGUAUGAUGAUUGGAUGAGCGAUCCUGCUAUUCCCGUUGUAACGGGUUUUCUCGGGAAGGGUUGGAAAACUUGUGCCGUUACUACCUUGGGUAGGGGUGGCAGUGAUUUGACCGCUACGACGAUCGGUAAAGCCUUGGGUUUGCGAGAGAUUCAGGUCUGGAAAGAUGUUGACGGUGUUUUAACCUGUGACCCGACUAUCUAUAAACGAGCAGUACCGGUACCAUAUCUAACGUUCGAUGAAGCAGCCGAGCUUGCUUAUUUCGGUGCACAGGUAUUGCACCCUCAGUCCAUGAGGCCUGCGAGAGAGGGCGAUAUCCCUGUUAGGGUUAAGAAUUCGUACAACCCUAAAGCUCCCGGAACUAUUAUCACUAAAGCAAGAGACAUGACUGGGACUGUCCUAACCAGCAUAGUUUUGAAACGGAAUGUGACCAUGCUGGAUAUAGUAAGCACCCGAAUGCUCGGCCAGGUCGGAUUUCUUGCAAAGGUGUUUUCGAUAUUUGAAGAACUGGGCAUAUCUGUUGAUGUUGUUGCCACUAGUGAAGUCAGUCUAUCUCUGACAUUGGACCCUUCAAAACUCUGGAGCAGGGAAUUGAUUCAACAGGAGCUCGAUCACGUGGUUGAAGAGCUAGAAAAAAUCGCGGUGGUGAAUCUCCUACGAAGAAGGGCAAUCAUCUCUCUCAUUGGUAACGUUCAGCACUCCUCUCUAAUCCUAGAGAAGGCAUUUCAUGUUCUUCGGACAAAAGGUGUCAAUGUCCAGAUGAUAUCACAGGGAGCAUCCAAGGUGAAUAUCUCCCUUAUAGUAAACGAAGACGAGGCCGAAAGAUGCAUAGAAGCUCUUCACCGAGCCUUUUUCGAGAGCGGUGACCUCUCGAAGCUAUUGAUACAGCCUGGAAGCGGCAACGGGUCGCCAGUUCCCGUUAAUGUAGAGAACUGAAUCGAACCCAUCUCAUCCCCUAAUGAUAUUUUACAUGAUUUUAGGUUAGGCGUUUCCCGGGCAAGUUCAUGACUUUGGCUCUUGAGUUUUGUUUUGUGAUUUGUAGUAACAUAACAUGUACCUGUUCCCUGUGUGGUGCGGGGAAAUUUUUCGCCGGUCGAGAACUUAAUGCCGUUUUGCAUUCGGGCAAGUGGAAUGAGUGCCGUCUUGCAUAAAUCAGACAUUUUUUUAA